GGAAUUUUGGAUAAAAGAUGAACGAGCUGCAUUGUGAAGGAAGAAAUGAGUGAAUGGCACGAUAACGAAGACCAAUAUCGAUAGUGAUGAUCCCCUGGAGGUCGGUAGACUUAGCCCAUGCAUCAUCAGCACAGCAUUUGCAAAGCAGGUCGACCCAGACAGGAUCCAAGGUCCAGUGAGCCGUAGCUUUUGACGCAAAGACGCGAGUCCGACUGCUGAGGAGCUCUAGCACUAUACAUGAUCGCCUCACAUGAUACGCAUUGUUUAGUCAUAGACCAGCCGACUAAUCUUCGAAUGUGGGGUCGAGACUUGCGUCCUGGCCUUUGAUUGAGGAGUGUUCUUCUUCUGCUGUGCAUUACUUAAAGGCCGAGUUCUUCCAGGAAAACCAGAUUACCUUUCCUGCCCUUCAAUUUUCUGUCUGAACUCGAUCAGCACAGAAGCAAAGGAAUAUGGCGAUUUUUUCCAGAGCUGCGCUAGCUGCUGGCUUAUUUGCCAGCGCUCUGGUCAUCUUCUCGGAGCAUCUGUCGUUUGUGAGUGCCUACGAGCCAUAUGCUGUCACAUCUUGGACGGCAUCUGAUGCAACCUUCUACGGAGGAAACAGUGGAGCUGGAACAAUGGGUGGAGCUUGUGGAUAUGGAAACAUGUACAACACGGGUUAUGGACUCAACACCGCUGCUCUGAGCCCGGUCCUCUUCAAUAAUGGACUGAGCUGUGGAGCUUGUUUUGAGCUUAAGUGCAAUCUCACUGGUACCAAGUGGUGCUACCCGAGCGCAGGUUCCAUCACCGUCACAGCUACCAAUCUGUGCCCUGCAAACCCGGCCAGAACCACCGACGGAUGGUGCAACCCUCCCAGGACACACUUCGAUUUGUCAUACACGAUGUUCGCUAUACUCGCCCAACCAGUUGCAGGAAUCAUUCCAAUUCAGUACCGCAGAGUGUCUUGCGUGAAGACUGGAGGCGUCCGCUUCGUCAUCAACGGCAACCCCUGGUUCAAUCUGGUGCUCAUAUACAACGUGGGCGGUGACGGAAACGUCGUGACAGCCAUGAUGAAAGGAGAGAACACAGAGUGGUAUUCCAUGACUAGAAACUGGGGGCAAAACUGGCAGCUGAGCCAGAAGCUUCACGGUCAGGCCCUCUCUUUCCAGCUCACGACGGGUUAUGGCACGACCUUGGUGUGCAGCGACGUAGCGCCAGCCAACUGGCAAUUCGGCCAGACGUUCGAAGCCUACACGAACAUGUAUGACCUCUACUGACGAGAUUCAGAGAACAAGAGUGUCGAUUCAUUCAUUCAUUCAUUAUUCAGGAUAUACGGAAGAGAGACUCGAGAAGCUGAGCAAAGCAGGUGUAUGGCUGUAAACGCUCUCGGUGGAUCCCCUCAGUCCAUUCCCAAUAACGGUCUGCAGAUGCUGGCUACUGCUGCUGAAGGAGAAGGAGAAGGAGAAGUGCCAGCAGCAGUAAAUGUGGUGAACUUUUUGAACAUUGAAGGUUGAUGUGCAAUUUGACAGGUAGUGUGACCGUGUGGUCUCAGCAACGUGGUGACAAAAGGUCGUUUCAGGCCUACAGUUCUCAAUAGCUGCGCCUUUCAAACUCAGAGGGCAACUGGAUGUGGCUUGGCUUGCAAUGUCGAGACGAGCGCAUAUGGAACAUAGACUCUGUACAAAUGCUAAAGUAGCAAUUUUGUAGAAAAGAAUUUUAGGGUGAUGACCAUUAUCAGUCAUAUUCAUCUGGAAUUUCUAGAUCCUCAAAUUUAUUUAACUACCUUCUCGG